AUGCUAUCGCUUCACGGAGCGCUAAUCUGCUUGAUGGCGCUUGCGCCGCUUUCACUUGCUAUUCCUACGAAUGUGCCCAGUUUCCAACCGGGACUGAUGAACUAUGCUGCGGCUGAAGUCGCGCCGCUUAUCGCCGACGCCACCGACGCAAUCGAUGACCACUACAUGGUCGUGCUCAAGGAGGACGUCGCCUCGGCCGCCUUUGUGCAGCACCGCGAACGCAUCGAGGGUGCGCAAGGAGAGGCGAACGUGUUCUCUGGCAAGAAGAACGCCAUGCGCCACGUGUUCAACGCCGAGGGGCUCAUGGGCUACGCCGGUGCGUUCUCGGACGACGUCCUUGCGUACAUCCGUGCCCAGCCCGAAGUCGCCUACAUUGAGAAGGAUUCGGUGGUCAAGACGAUGAUGAUCCCGCAGGGCAACGAGCACGUCCGCGACAUGCCGGAAACGGCGGCCGCCACGCGCUUCCCGUGGGAGAACCCGUUUGCGCACCAGACCGAGAUCGGCGCGCCGUGGGGGCUGGCGCGUAUCUCGCACCGCCCCGGCCUGACCCUCGGCACCUUUAACAAGUACGUGUACGAGGCGGCGGGCGGCGAGGGCGUCGUUGCGUACGUGAUCGACACCGGGAUCAACACGCGCCACGAGGACUUUGAGGGCCGCGCCUCGUGGGGCGUCACGAUCCCCAAGGGCGACACGGACACCGACUCGCACGGCCACGGCACGCACUGUGCGGGGACUAUCGGAUCGAAGACGUACGGUGUGGCCAAAAAGGCCGAGAUCGUCGCCGUCAAAGUGCUCGGCUCGGGCGGCCAAGGCUCCAUGUCCGAUGUCACCGCCGGUGUGCUGUGGGCGGUGGCCGAUGCCAAGGCACGCACCGCCGCGGUCCUUGCCGACCCCACCGCCGCGCAGAAGCACAAGGGCUUUGUCGCGAGCAUGUCGCUCGGUGGCGGCAAGUCCCCGACGCUCGACCGCGCCGUGGACGGCGCCGUGAGCUCGGGCCUGCACUUUGCUGUUGCUGCAGGCAACGAGAACCAGGACGCGUGCAAUGUGUCGCCUGCCGGUGCCAAGAAGCCCGUCACGGUGGGCGCGUCGACGAUCGCCGACGAUCGUGCCUACUUCUCCAACUGGGGCCCGUGCGUUGACAUCUUUGGCCCCGGUCUGAACGUGCUCUCGACGUGGAACUCGGGCCCCCGUGCGCUGAACACGCUCUCCGGCACGUCGAUGGCCACGCCGCACAUUGCCGGCCUCAUGGCCUACCUCUUGUCGAUCUACGGCUCGGCCGACUUUGCCAAGCUCGCGGAGCCGACCGCGGUCCCGGCGCGCCCCAGCCAGCGUGCGGCGGUGCGUGCGUGGGCGCACAAGGCGCUGUUUGCUCUGCACGCGUUCCUCCCCACGACACUGCAGCCGGUGCUCGACGCGUACCUGCCGCUCGACGAGCACGCCGCGGUGUCGUUCAUCGACAGCACGCUGCACCCCAAGGACAUGAAGGCGGCGCUGGGCCGCUUUGCGUCCAAGGGCGUGCUGGGCGGUCUCGAGCACGACACCGUGAACAAGCUCGCGUACAACAAUGCGACGACCGUAGCCUAG